AUGGCUCACGCUAAAUUGGAUUUUGAUGAUAAUGUGGCUUCUUCAUUAAUAUUAAAAGACUUUGCACAAAAUGAACAAGAAGAGCUUGCGGAAGAAGUAUUUUUUGAGGAACUUUCAACACAAUUAGCAGAAAAUCCAAAGGCAAUGGCUGCUUUAACAGAACAAUAUAUGAAAAGUGUCAAUUCUGAUUCACCUGAUCUUGAAAGCGUACAAUUAAUUCCAGAGCCCGGAUUUGUAGUAAAAUCACGUAUAUCGGCAUCAAACAACAAACAAUAUAAAAUAGGCACAAAAUUUUUUAUUAACAUUUGUUACUCAAGUAAAGUACCUCGUCCGCCACCAGUUUCUAGUGAAAAUGAAAUACGAAAAGCAAUGAAUGGAGAUAAAGAUUCAAUAUAUUAUGUUCCAACCGUUAUUAGUAAUUUACGAGAAGAUGUAGAUAAAGAAAAGAAUCCGUGUUAUGAUUGUGAUGCUAUAAUUCAUCCACAGCCGUAUAAAAGAACUGAAGAAGAUUCUGAUUUUAAAUUAUAUAUAAGUGAAUUGGCAGUGGAAAUGAUUGAGGAGCAAUUUAGUCUAGAAAUGAGUCGCAAAUAUGCAUAUCCAAAAAUGAAUUACAAGGGCGAUAGAAAAGUGAGACCAGUUAUGCUUCCGAAAGAAAAGAAGUCUUUAAUAACUGAAAUUCCCACGAAGCCUAACAAGCAAGUAAUAGUUGAAGGUGAUGAAAAACAAGCUAAAAAUAGUAAAGCUCCAAUUCAACCUAAAUAUACAAUUACAGAAGAACUUAAAGAUAAUAAGUCAUAUUUGAUCAUUUCUAUUGAAACACCUUCUAUGCAAUCGGCUAAGGACAGCGCAUUAGAUUUAGAACCUAAGCAUUUAACUUUUAACUCACCAAAUAUGUAUGAUUUGGAUAUUCCUUUACCUUCAAUUGUGAAUAUCAUAUCUGCGAAAGCAAGAUUUAUAAAGCCCAAGAAAAGAUUGGUUAUCAAAUUAGAGAAAGUUGUUUCAUGA